AUGCCGAAUAUCAUCAAUGACAUCAAGUUAGACUUCAAAGAUGUGUUGUUAAGACCCAAGAGGAGCACUUUGAAGAGUAGAUCAGAGGUGGACCUCUUUCGUGAAAUGACGUUUCGUAAUUCGAAACGUACAUACAAGGGUAUACCUGUGAUGGCCUCGAAUAUGGAUACUCAUGGAAUUUUCACAGCAAUGCACAAAUAUUAUACUGCUGAAGAAUGGAAAGAAUUUGCAUCAAAAAAUCAAGAUUGUUUGAAGCAUAUGGCUGUGAGCUCAGGUACCAGCGAUAAUGAUUUUGAUCGAUUAAAAAACGUUAUUGGAGCUGUACCUGAUAUUGAAUUUAUCUGCUUGGACGUGGCUAAUGGAUACUCCCAACACUUUGUCGAGUAUGUAAGAAAAGUCCGGGCUGAGUUUCCAAGUCAUACGAUUAUUGCAGGAAAUGUCGUAACUGGAGAAAUGGUUGAAGAAUUAAUACUCUCCGGCGCCGACGUAAUUAAAGUUGGAAUUGGUCCUGGCUCCGUUUGCACUACUAGAAUGAAAACGGGAGUUGGAUAUCCGCAAUUGUCUGCUGUUAUUGAAUGUGCGGAUGCGGCUCAUGGACUUAAGGGCCAUAUUAUUUCCGACGGUGGUUGUACAUGUCCAGGUGACUUGGCUAAAGCAUUUGGAGCUGGUGCUGAUUUUGUUAUGGCUGGUGGUAUGUUUGCGGGUCAUGAUGAAUGCGGUGGUAGUGUUACUGAACGAAAUGGUAGAAAAGUUAAACUUUUUUAUGGGAUAUCAUCGGAAGGCAAGACUGUCGAGGUGCCUUAUCGAGGAGCUGUAGAGACAACCGUACUGGACAUCCUCGGUGGACUGAGAUCAGCAUGUACAUACGUCGGUGCUUCUAAAAUACGUGAAUUGUCACGGCGUGCCACAUUUAUACGAUGCACGCAACAACUUAAUAAUAUGUACGUUAUUACGCGUCCGCUAGGUAAAAAUCCGCUGCUUGAGGAAUUGUUCGAAUUGCCUUUUUUAAAAUCUAUUGUAAACUUUAUAAUUGUGCAACGAAGCUUUGUUUAUUAA